GAGUAAGGCAAAUGGAGUAUAUGGUAUGUUUCAAAACGCUUUCCCAAGAGUCUUUCAUGAAGAAACUUGACAUCAUAUAGACUAAAAAGAACGUGUAUUGCCAAUUCAUUAUUAAUUAUCUUUUCAGACUUGCCUGGAAUCAUCUGUGAUAAAUUGCUUCUAGACGUGAAUUUUAGUGAAGUAAAAGUUUUGUUCCAUCCGCAACCAUUUGACUAUUUGAGCUGUGAAUUGGACAUUAAACUCGCGUGUACUCAAAAGUGUAGGCUUCUUAUGAAUUUCUAGUGUGUCCGAAACACUUGGGGAAACAUCAUUUUUGUUUGAAAUGUCCACUGUGUAUCAGAAUCGCAGUUUACUUCUUGAUGGAAGUAAAGUUUGUGAAGGACCAUCACUUAUUUCUUUUAGCCGAGUCAGUAUUUUUUGGUUAUGGAACGAUUUAUUCUAAAAAAAACAAUGCAGUUAUGGUUAGUAGACAGUUUUAACACGAAAAUUAAGCUUCGUUCAUGAAUUAUUUGGGUUAUCGUCAUGGAUUUAGAUAAGUUGUAGGGAUUAAGUAUUGCAGGGAUUAGUUUCACACUGAUAUCUGAUUUGUUCACUCAUGUACUUUACGUGUGCCUACUUUUCCUAUGUCGGAGCUAAUUUACUAUGAAGAUCACCUGGAACGAUUAAAAUGUUGUCCUGACCAGACAAACAUUCGACAUUUCACGUAUCUUGCCCAUCGGGUUACAAACUUCUACCAUACAUCAUAUAGUAUUUAUUUCUAAUCCUGUUCCUUGGUCUUAACAAACUACCAAAAUGCCGUUUUAUGGUAUUUACUAGUGUUGGUUUUACAUAAAAUGCAUUAUAUGGAUUAAUCUACUUUUUUCUUACACUACGUCUGGAAAUAAUCCUAUGAUGUCCUUGAUGCACGUCCAACCUACACAUUUCCCUUUCAUAGGCCAUGUUUCACAGUUAUAGAAUUAUACAAUGCAAACUGCUACGGAGUGUGCUUGACACAUGUUUGGGGAAUAGGUAUGUCUACCACACUAUAGGCGUCACAAGUUGGCGAAACCAUUCUAGCUUUCUUAAUCUUUCUUAAUAUUUCACCAGAUGCCAAUCCACCAUGCUUGAUGUGACUAUCAAUAUAAGUGGGUUGGUUGGCCCUUUUGACCUCGUUUCUUGUGAGCUGUCUAGGCGCCGCUACAAACCCGUUUUAAAGCAGCUCUGUGUAUUCAGAGUCCGUAAGACUUUAUUUAAUAUUGUGUCAUGUAUUUAUUCAAGAUCGUUGACUUUGUUCCCUGGCAUGGGAUCAAUCUGAAAAGUUCGACUUUAAUUGUACUUUACAGAAGGUUACCUGUGAUAAAUUUAAACAAAAAUGUAGAUGGUAUCUAACAUUAACUAACUCAUUGUCCAUAAACAACCCUCGUAAUGAAGCGAAAUACCAAGCUCGAGUCCUUUGUUUGUCAAGCAAUAAGCACCAAUAUAAAAUUUACCCUGGUGUCUUAUGGUUUGAAUCAUUUAGUUUUAAAACAAAUACAUGCCCGACAAACGUAGGAAAUUUGCCUUAGUUUCCCAAACCAUUUCUCAUAUCUUGUCAAGUGUCCAACUUUAUAUAAAUUUUUAUAAGAAGCCACUAAAGUGGCGCUUAAAUAUUGCUACAGAUAAUCAAGUUAUAUUUUUUAUACCCCCAAAAAAUUAUUAGAAACUAUCGAGUCCCUAGACGUAUAAUGCAUGAAAGCUAAAGUAGUAAAACCAAGGUUUAGGUAAGGAGAAAUUUCUCUCUAAGAUUGCUAAAUAAACUGUUGAUUGUAUGAGAUUAUAAAGCCUAUAAUUGUUGGAAAUUUGAGAUAGCUAUUGACACUAUGGACUAUCAUUCCAGAGAGUAGUUAAGUAUAUCAAAUACUUUGUCUCUUCGUAAGCCAUUUAUAUCUUCGAUGUCAAUAGUUUUUCCUUAAAAUAACAUCUGUAAAGUUAGGUAUUAAAAGUUGUGUCUAGGUUACAUAAUAACUGUUUAGUCAUGUCUUACAAUGAUGUUUGUCGUUUUAAAACGCAUUGUUUAUUGCUCCCAUUAGGGUGUAUAGUAAUAGUUAUAGAUUUGGGUCUUGCUAUCAAAUAAUUUACUUUUCCUUUCAGAUAGCUUUAUAUAGUGCCCAAUCAUCAGUUCUUGGAUAGCUUCUUAAUUAUCACUUCCUACUCUGCUUAGCUUACUUUGGUUGCAAACUUUUUCUUCGUGAUGUUUGCACGGCUACGUAAUUGUGAACGUGUAAUAUCUGAUACGUACGUCAUCAAUCAAAAAAUACACACAGGAAACACGAUUUUCAAGAACACUCGUGCUGGGGUGGUUCGUCGAACUAGAGAUCAGUCUCACCCCCUCACCUACGAGCAGGCAAAAAAGCCACAUCAAAUUGGUUUAAUGAAAUCCUGGAAUUCUUGGAAUACUUCAAAUUUAGAAGGAGAGGACCGUUACACUUCAGAAGUUACCCUUCAUGACCAGUUUAUUCGAACAUUUAUCAAUGGAACUUUUCCUUUGUUGGUCCAAAGUGAAGUAUGUUUAUUUAAUUGUGCACAAUUAUACAUUUUUUUACACUACACCAUUAUAUUGAUGCUAAAUCUGGUCUUCGAUGCAUAACUACGUUGAUUUAGUGUAUGGAAAUUCAGCUUUUGAAAGUUCUGUCCCUCUCAUAUUGAAAUGUAAAAAUUCAGUAAAAAAAUCAUCUAAUAAUUGUUUAAGCUCGUACUCUUGAUUCUAUACAAGAUGUAACUCAGGACCAUUGGUUCUUGUGGUAGUAUAUCAAGAUUCGACCCCCAUUUUCAAUGUUAUUUGGUUUAUAAUACAUUGCUACCACCACUUGGUGCUAUCAGGUGUGACCCAUUUUCAUUCCAUAAAUUACCAGCUACGCAGGUUACUUUUAUGACUUUUAGCUCGGUUAAAUAUCACGUGAUUUACCCAUUAAUCAGAAUGCAACUUAUGCAAUCUUAGCAGUGUGCCAAACCAAUGACGUCUUGACCGGUAUAAACAGCCUAGCGUCCUUAUUGGUCUUUUUUCCUGCCUAACCCUGGCUGUUGGGUCCAGAACACCAGUGUCAGCUUCCACUAUACGAAUAAUCUAUUUCAAACAUAUCUGGUUUAUAUACAAGCCAACCAGACCACAUCGCCCCAUAAAGUAAAAGCAACAUUUGUACAAGGUUAAGUCAAAGAGUGGCUGUGAUUGUGAGUGACUGUAAUUAAUAAACUUGGUAUAACUGAAGGAUAUUAAAUCGUAUAAUAAGAGGAAUAUAAAUAUACAUAAUUUAGUUACUCAAUAGUUAUACAAUAAGAAUAUAUGUAAUAUUAGUCCAGAAAUAGUUCUCAGAGUUAACCUAUAAUUUAAUCUUCACUAAGAUAUGUUACAACUCCUCAUUAAGAGUCUGCGACAUCAAUUUCGUAGCGGGUCACUAAUGUAAAAUAACAAAUGAUUGUGACUCAGUGGGUUAAUUCUAUCUUCCUUGAUAGCUACAGGUCCGACCCCGUAUGUAGUCAAGGUUACGUAUCAUUUGAGUCUCGAACUAGUAUGUAACAGCUGUUGAUUGAUUUCCAGUUUUUACAGAUUUUCCGAAUGAUUUCAGUCUGUGGUAAAAGCUAUCUUCGAAUUAACUAAAUCCUCACAUACUAUCUCAGUGAAUAUUUUCACUAAACUGUGUUCAGAUAAUUAUCUCAGCUAAAAUCAGAGUUCGUUUUUGCGACCAAUCCUUGUGAGUAUCGAAAUAAGGAAGUAUUGUUACCCAACGCUUUGAAAUCCAUAUUUUAUCUCUUAGGUGUGAACGACUUAAAAUAUAGGGGUAAGUGAUAAUAAUUUGUUUGUGAUGAGUCAUUACGGAACUGCUUCUACAGUUUGGUGGUUUUUCGAGGGUAGGUAAUUCAAGGACUAGGUAAAGCAUUACAUCGAUCACUUAUGUAUCCUUUCUGGUAAUUUAUGUUGCAAAUCUCUGCAUCAGUCUAUGUACCGCAUAGUUAAUAACUAAAAAUCCUGGAAGCAUUUAUUUUCAUAAUAAGAUGUUAUCGCCAAUAAUCACAUUCUUGUUAUUACAUUUCUGGAUUAACUUCUCUCAUUUUCCUGUUUAUUGAUCAUGUUGAUAAAAUUCAAAGUCCUUUGAAUACCUUGUGUGAUUCAGGUUUAAUUUGCACCAUUGCCCUGCUUGAUUCUAUAAAAAGCAACAAUUAUCCUUACAAUCCCAUUAUUUUUAAGGCUUCAGUUUAGGGUUGCAGCACUCAUAAAAACUCCGUUCGAUAAUUAUAAACUUGCGUAAUAUAUGGAGAAAAUAAAGUUAGUAUGCCUAUCAAAGGGCUCUUAUCAUGCAUAACAGUCCAUUGUGUGUUAACGACUAUAAAUUCUGGUCAAUAGAACUAGCAGAUUUGUUUUGUCUGCAUGUGUUGUAUCGUAAAUCUCCUAACAACACUAUUCAUUUAUAUGUUUCUAUGCUUGGUUGAUGUUGAUAUCAUUAGGUGAAAUUGAAAUAUUGUGAAUGUAGUAAUUGUAGAACAUUUAGAAUUUUUAGUAUAUAAUUUCUUCAUUGAUCCUAUAAAUAAAUAAUCAAUCCAUAUUGUUACUUGGUAAUGACUUUUCUAUAGUUUUUAUUGGAUUCAUCAUACAAGUUAAGUGAAUUUUAUUAAUUGAAAGAAAUCCAUUUAGGCUGUAUUUCCAAAUGUUAUUAUUAUUUUAUUUAAACACAUAAAUAUUGGUCCAAGGAAGCACCAGAUACAUAUGCGCCGCACAAAUCUCAUUUGAUUUGUGUGAGGGCUGCGAUACUGCCCAGGUGCCCAAACUGAAGCAGGUUAUUAUCAAACGACAGUGUAACGUAAUACGCGUAGCUUUUCUAUUAUUAAAGCGAAUAUCUCCAGGAGAAGUCAGUUUCCUUAUUGGUUAUACAGAAGAAAUGCUUUCUCUUAUACUACGAUGUGUUGUGAAAUUAGAAGUACAAAUGGUCAUAUCCAAAAAUGAUGUUAUAUUUCGAUAUGUUUAAUCAUUGGACUGAAUUAUUAUUUAUUAUAUUGCAUCCACAAAAGUGAUAUGUUUUGUACAGUGUAUCAUUAUUAUAGCCUUUAAUAAACUGCCUAUUUAAUUAUAAUCAUUCUCAUGAAAUUUUGAUCAAUCCAAUAGUUUUCUUAUAGUUUUAAGGGUGAUCCUCUUCCAUAAUUUCAUAUCAGUUUUUAAAACAAAUUCAUAAAAUUAGUCAGAAUGUUUGACGGGAUUGUUUUAUUCUGUCCUAUUAAUUUUCAGUCGUAGAUAUCUAAGAAUACUAAUGUUAUGACUGGUAUAACAAUCGUUAUUGUAUAU